CCAAAUCUUUCUCACUCACCCAUUUCACAACUUCAUUAUUCCUAUCCACUCUUUCUUAUAACUCUCAAAACGAUUCUUAACUUCCGAUCCCAAAGCCGGCACAAGAUUCGUGUCUUCUUCCGUUUUAGCCAUCCAGACAAACCGUGAUCUCUCUUUCUUUUAUACAGUCGACGAACAGUUAGGUUCAGACUUCAGAUUCUUCACACGCCUCUCUUUUUUUCUUGAAAAUGGUGUGCUUGGUCUCUCGUACGGGUCGUCAAUCCCAAAGAUACAAUAAGGGACGCCGUAUAGUUGUCGGGUGUAUUCCGUACAGACUCAAGACUUCGAAUGAUAGCACAACUAGUGACGAAUAUGAAGUUCUUGUUAUCUCAUCACAGAAGGGUCAAGCUCUGAUGUUCCCAAAGGGUGGUUGGGAGCUUGAUGAAACUGUUGAAGAAGCUGCGUCAAGAGAGUCCCUAGAAGAAGCUGGAGUUGUUGGAAACGUUGAGAGACAACUUGGGAAAUGGGAUUUCUUAAGCAAAAGCAGAGGAACAAUUUAUGAAGGAUUAAUGUUCCCACUGCUUGUGAAAGAAGAGCUUGAGAUUUGGCCUGAACAACACCUUCGUCAGAGAAUGUGGAUGAAAGUAGAUGAAGCAAGAGAAGCUUGUAGAGAUUGGUGGAUGAAGGAAGCUUUAGAUGUUUUGGUACAGAGGCUUUCUUCACCACCAAGGAAGCCUAUGGAAGAAGACAAGACCAUUCCAUUGAUCUCUAUCUGCUGAAAACACACAAUCUGAUGUGUUCUUGAUCAUUUUGUAGAUAAGAAAACAUCUUAUGCCCUUCCCGUGAAGGAGUCUACGUACGUUCUACUGCUGCUGAAGGAAAAGUAUGUACAGAGCAACGAGCAGAUUUGUAGAUUUUAGGUGUGUCGAGGGUCUCAAAAUAUCAUGUGAACGUGGGAUAGAUUAGUUUGUUUUUGCCAACUGCUUAGGAUGGGCGGAAGAAGAUAAAAUUCAAAGAGUGCAAACAAAAAACUGUACAAUAGUGUUUACUCUCUUUGUAUCUCUCCCCAACUUCCUUUAUCUGAAUUGACAAUGAAUCCAUAAUAUAAAUAAAUUUAAGACGAUUA